CAAAAUAUGUUAUAUAUCCGGUGUUGAUAAGCAAAAUGAAAAAAAAUUAAUCAGGGAAAGGAGACAGGGCUGCUGGAGGCGGCUGCAAUUUCAAAUGGUGUGGCGGUGGAAGACCUCACAGAGAGAAACUGAAACUGCUGGGGAUCAAUUGAGAAACUAUUCAAUGUAAUUCAGAUCUCAGACACAGACUUGCUUGGGCUGGAAUUUCCUGGGCUUUGCUCAUCUCCACUGAGACAUUAAGUCUCCUCCCCCAACCCAGUAUUCUAGAUUUUGCUACAGCUUUUGUGGUGAUCCCAGCUCCUUUCAGUUGGAGGCAAGCCUCUGGAGGGAGCUGACCAGCUCCAGACAGCUGCCGUGAACUUUUUGUUAGGAAGCCCUGUAUAUAAACUGAAAGUGGGUGAGAGGCAGUGAGGGAAACUGUUAUUGGCACAAACUUUUUCUUCAUCUUUUUGUUACCCCCUGGAAACUUCCCUGUCCUCUACCCUCUCCAGACCAUUGCCCCCAAUAUCCUGAGUCAUUUCCUAUCCAAUUUUAUUCCUGGGGUCUUCUCUUUCUCCUCCAGUGAGCUGCUAAGCCCACAGAUGUCACCUUGCUGAGAAAAGGUGAAAUGAUUAUCAUUUUAGGGGGAACAAGUGCAGUGAGUUAGAAAUAUAAGUGUAUAUAAAUCUUUUGUGUUUAUAACUUUAGCUCCUGCUCUUGCUGGAAAUGGACCUUUGCUGGUCAAAGGGAAGAGAACCAUAACUAAAUAGUGCCACCUGUUGUAAGAAGUAUGGUAAAGUAGCCCUUAGUAGUUUUAGGUUUUAAUAGAUUCUCAUGCAUUCUUUAUUUAAAAACAGCUUUAUUGAUAUAUAAUUUACAUAUUACAAAAUUCGCCCAUCUUGAGUGUACAAUUCAAGGACUUUUAGUAAAUUUACAGAGUUGUGCAACCCUCACCACAAUCCAAUUUUAGAACAGUUCCAUUACCCCGAAAAGAUCCCUUACUCCCCCUUCUCUUCUUUUGUCCCAGAUAACCAUGAAUCAGCUUUCUAAUCUAUAGAUUUGCCUUUUCUGGACAUUUCAUAAAUGGGAUCUCAUAUAUUCUUCUGAGAUAGCAUGGAGAAGAAAAAAUCCUUUCCCUUAUUAUUAGCACAUGGCAACGGAGGAGGCUGAUAGCCACCAACACCUAGCACUUAAUAGGAGACAGCGGAGUGAGGAGGUUGAAUCCAGCACUUACUAGAACACGAUCUUGAGAGAAUGCUUUAAUGUUGAAGUCUUUUCCUCUAUAAUGAUGAUAAUAAUCAACUGAGAGUUGUGUGUAUAUGGAAAUAUUCCAUAAGCAACACAGUGCUGUGUAAAUGUUAGUUAUCAUGGGUCCUGAAAUGUUUUCAGAACAGUCUGUCUUUUUUUAAGGAACGGAGAGGAAGAAAAAGAAGCUUUGAAUGUUGCAUUCCCAGUUAGGCAGGUGGCCUAACGAAGCUGAUCGAAAGUAGCCUUUGGGGAGAGUUCUUGAUCAUGCCCAGCGGAGAUGGAGCAGAUUAAAAGGGCAAAUAAACUGUUUACCAAUGAUUGUAUAUUUCUGAAGAAAACUUUGAACAUCCCAGUUAUAUCAGAGAAGCCUUUGCUGUUUAAUGGACUUAACUCAAUAGAUUCUCCAGAAAAUGAAACUGUUGAUAGUUUUUCUCAUGAAGAAGACCUGGUAGCGGCUGGGGAAGACCUUUCCCCUCCCAGUCCUCAAGAAUCUGAUGCUCAGCCCAUGCAGCCGGAGGAAGUGUCAGCCAGAGAUUUCCUGCAAAGGCUGGACUUGCAGAUUAAGUUAUCAACACAGGCAGCCAAGAAACUAAAGGAAGAGAGCAGAGAUGAAGAAAGUCUCUUUGCAACUUCCCUCUAUCACAGUUAGAUGCAGGGGGCAUAAUCUAACCUGGGUUAAGAGAUGGUUAGAUCAUAAAGAAACCAACAGCUGAUGAUUCAAAAGCAUCCCUUUUGGAUUCUCAUAGCAUACAUCUUUAAAUCACAAUUAAGUAGUUCCACCUACAGCAAUUGCACUGAAGUGACUAGCUCCCUCUGGCUUUCUAUGAUUUUCAGUCUUUAUUAUGGCAUGACAGCAAAAUUGUAUCUUAAAGCUCAUCACUUUUGCAAGCGGUGGUAGUUUUUCGACUAGCUUUUGUAAAUACUAGUUGACAUAAAGCCACAAAGACUGUUUACAUAUUCAAGGUAAAAAUGUUUAUUUCCUGAGAAAUCCUAAUUAUGUGAAAAACAUGGUUGCUGUUUAAGUGAUGCUGAUUUUGCUAUGUGUUUAUAACUUAAGUGCUAUAUAUAUAUAUAUUUCGAUAUGUAUUACAUAUUCUGUAUUACUAUAAAGAAACAAAUUUUGUCUGCUAUUUUGUAAAAAUAAAUUCCAAAAGUCUGAAUGAGAAAAUAAACUAUGUUUUCAUAUUU